AUGAUAUGCAUGAGUGUAGAAGAGAUUAAUAUGACUUAUUUUUAUAUAAUUGGAAAGUCAGAUUAUAAUUUGACACAAUAUAAUGAAAAUUGUUUAAACCAUGCGUUUAUUAUUAAUAUUGGAAAAUGUCAUUGUAAUUCAUGGAAUCGUAAUUAUGUAUAUGUUUCAAAUGGAGAAUAUAUUUUAUGUAAUAGAUUUCACAUUGUAUCAAAAGUAAUUUUGAUCAAUGUAUUUGAAUGUUCAAAUACCUUUGGAGUUAAGAAUGGAGAUUGUUUAAAAACUAUUGUUAGAGUUAUUACUGGAGUUAUUAUUAUUGGUAGUAUGUUAUUGUAA